AUGUCGUCGAAAGAAACAUCAAAGAGCAAGGACAAGGAUAAGUCCAAGGUCCACAAGCUUUCUCUCAAAGGCAGCGCCCGUCUCGUCGCCGAAUUCUUCCAAUACUCUAUUCACAGCAUUCUCUUCCAACGAGGAGUCUACCCAGCAGAAGACUUUACAGUCGUCAAGAAAUAUGGCCUCAACAUGCUAGUCUCGGCUGAUGACCAAGUAAAGGCAUACAUCAAGAAGAUCAUGUCCCAGCUCGACAAGUGGAUGGUCGGUGGCAAGAUCUCCAAGCUUGUCAUCGUCAUUACAGAUAAAGACACAGGCGAACACGUUGAGCGCUGGCAAUUCGACGUCCAAAUCUUCCAACCCGUCAAGAAAUCCAAGUCCUCAAAAUCCGCACCGAAAGACCAGGAAAAUCCUGCUGCUGGAAGCGCCGCCCCUGCCGCACCCGAAAAGACAGAACCCGAAAUCCAAGCCGAAAUCGCUGCCAUUUUCCGCCAGAUCACUGCGUCUGUUACUUUCCUCCCACAACUCAACGGCGACUGCACAUUCAACGUGCUCGUAUAUGCGGAUGCCGAUAGCGAGGUCCCCGUUGAAUGGGGCGACUCUGAUGCCAAGGAGAUUGAGAACGGCGAAAAGGUCCAGCUGAGAGGUUUCAGCACGGCGAACCACCGUGUCGAUACCUUGGUCAGCUACCGAUUCUCAGAUUAA